GACGCGGCACUGUGGAGAUGGUGGGAAGACGAAGAACCUGGCGGCAACGAUGCCAAGAGGCGCAAGAAGUGGCACACGCUGGAGCACAGGGGACCGCUGUUCGCGCCCCCGUACGAGCGAUUACCGCGCCACGUGCAUUUCUACUACGAAGGUGUCGCGGUGAGACUCAGCGCCAAGGCUGAGGAAGUGGCCGGCUUCUACGCGCGCAUGCUCGAACGUGACUACACGUCCCACAAGAGGUUCAACGAGAAUUUCUUCCGCGACUGGCGGAAGUGCAUGAAUCGCAAGGAAGCGGCGCUCAUCACCGACCUGAGGAAGUGCGACUUUGGGGAGCUCAGCGCACACUACGGGAGAAAGGCGGAAAUGACGAAGCAGCAAAAACAGGCGAUGAAACUUCAUAGAGACAAAUUGGCACAAGAGUACGGCUACUGCAUCGUUGACGGCCACAGGCAGAAGAUCGCCAACUUCAAGAUAGAACCACCCGGAUUGUUUUGCGGUCGCGGACAGCAUCCCAAGAUGGGCAUGGUGAAACGCCGUGUUCUGCCCGAAGACGUCAUAAUCAACAUUGGAAAGGAAGCGCCGGUGCCGAAGCCACCGCGGGGACACAGCUGGAAAGAAGUGCGCCACGACCAGGGCGUCUCCUGGUUGGCCUCGUGGAAUGUCCUGGGCCGCCUCAAGUACGUCACGCUCAACGCCAGCGCCAAGCUGCGGGCGGAGAUGGACGUGCGCAAGUUCGAACUCGCCCGCAAGCUCAAGUCCCGCGUGAACCGCAUACGGCGCAGCUACAGAAACGGCUGGGAGUCACGAGACGUUAGCGUCCGUCAGCGGUCCGUGGCGCUCUACUUCAUUGACAGGCAGCUUGCGUUGAGAGCCGGGAACGAGCAGGAAGAGGGCACCACUGCCAACACUGUCGGCUGCUGCUCCCUGCGAGUGGAACACAUCACACUACGUGAACUCGAGACAGACAGCAAGGAUGGCCAGUUCCUGGUGGAGUUCGACUUUCCUGGAAAGGACUCCGUCCAAUACGCGAACACAGUUCGGGUGGACGAGCGCGUCUUCAGGAACUUGGAGCUUUUCAUGGAAAACAAAGAGCCCAAGGACGACCUCUUCGAUUUGCUCACUACUGCUACCCUGAACAAACAUCUCAACAAACUCAUGGAAGGGCUAACUGCAAAGGUCUUUCGUACUUACAACGCUUCUAUGACCUUCCAAAAACAACUGGAUAUCCUGACUGAAGGCGGUAUGUCGCUACCUGAGAAGCUGCUGGCCUACAACCGAGCCAACAGAGCAGUCGCCAUUCUGUGCAACCACCGACGAGCAGUUCCUAAAAAUUUCGACAAGCAAAUGGAGAGCAUCCAAACAAUGAUAGAGAAGAAAGAAGAGCAGAUCCGAAAGUGCGAACUGGAAAUCGAACAGCUGGAAACCGGUUGCAGCAAAUCCAAGUCGAAAAAAGAAGAACUGCGGUUGAACAGCAAAAGGAACCAGUUGCAGAAGCUCCAAGUGCAGCUGGACAAAUUAGAGUUUCAAGCCAUGGACAAAGAGGAGAACAAGGAUGUUGUCCUUGUUACCUCGAAGCUCAAUUACAUCGACCCCAGAAUCAGCGUUGCAUGGUGCAAGACAUGGGAUGUCCUCAUCGAGAAAGUUUACAACAAGACGCAGCGAGAAAAGUUUUGCUGGGCGAUAGAGACAGCUGACCCAGAUUUUGAAUUUUAGGGCCAAGGUCCAUUUCCUUGCAUGUCAUAGCAAUUGUUGGAGCAGUUCUGGCGGUUUGAACUUCUGGCUGUUGGCCCAAAAUACACCUCCCACAAGCUUAA